GCCGCUGCAGCUUUGAUGGCGAAUCUGGCGCCGAAGACUAAGGUACUGAGAGACGGGAGAUGGAGCGAGAAGGAGGCAGCGAUCUUGGUUCCAGGCGAUGUCAUAAGCAUCAAGUUGGGGGAUAUUGUACCAGCAGAUGCUCGCUUACUCGAAGGAGACCCUUUAAAGAUCGAUCAAUCUGCUCUUACAGGGGAGUCAUUGCCGGUGACUAAGCAUCCCGGGAGUGAAGUCUUUUCUGGUUCCACAUGCAAGCAAGGCGAAAUCGAGGCAGUUGUUAUCGCCACCGGGAUCAACACUUUCUUCGGCAAAGCAGCACAUCUUGUUGACAGCACUGAAAACGUUGGCCACUUCCAAAAGGUGUUGACUGCCAUUGGAAACUUCUGCAUAUGCUCCAUUGCUCUUGGGAUCAUCAUAGAGAUCAUAGUCAUGUACCCAAUUCAGCACAGGAGGUACCGCGAUGGCAUCAACAACUUGCUGGUUCUUCUCAUUGGAGGCAUCCCGAUCGCCAUGCCAACCGUGUUAUCCGUCACGAUGGCCAUUGGAUCCCACAAGCUCUCACAGCAAGGGGCUAUCACUAAGAGGAUGACAGCCAUUGAAGAAAUGGCUGGAAUGGAUGUCUUGUGCAGCGACAAAACCGGAACUCUUACUCUCAACAAGCUCACAGUCGACAAAAACUUAAUCGAGGUCUUCACCAAGGAUCGCGACAAGGAAUCGGUGAUUCUUUUGGGAGCUAGAGCUUCUAGGGUCGAGAAUCAGGACGCCAUCGAUGCUUGCAUUGUUGGAAUGCUGGCUGAUCCCCGAGAGGCAAGAGCAGGCAUUACUGAGGUGCAUUUUCUUCCAUUCAAUCCUGUCGAUAAGCGCACGGCGAUUACUUACAUCGACAGCAACGGAGAUUGGCACCGAGUUAGCAAAGGCGCACCCGAACAGAUUGUCGAGCUUUGUGGCCUGAAGGACGACGUGAAAAAGAAAGUCUACUCUAUCAUCGACAAGUUCGCCGAGCGUGGACUCCGCUCCCUCGCCGUUUCUGAGCAGACUGUGCCCGAAAAGACCAAGGAAAGUCCCGGGGCCCCAUGGACAUUCGUAGGCCUUCUCCCGCUCUUCGAUCCUCCAAGACACGACAGCGGAGAGACGAUCAAACGCGCCUUGAACCUCGGCGUCAAUGUCAAGAUGAUCACCGGCGAUCAGCUCGCUAUUGGCAAGGAGACAGGGCGAAGGCUCGGAAUGGGGACAAACAUGUACCCUUCAUCGUCACUUCUCGGACAGCACAAGGACGAGGCGAUCGCCAACCUCCCGGUUGAAGAGCUCAUCGAGAAAGCUGACGGCUUCGCCGGAGUCUUUCCCGAGCACAAGUAUGAGAUUGUGAAGAAACUUCAAGAAAGGAACCACAUCUGUGGAAUGACCGGUGACGGUGUAAACGACGCCCCGGCGCUGAAGAAAGCCGACAUCGGGAUAGCCGUCGCUGACGCUACCGAUGCUGCGCGGAGCGCGUCCGACAUUGUCCUAACCGAGCCAGGGCUGAGCGUGAUCGUGAGCGCUGUCUUGACAAGCCGAGCCAUUUUCCAGAGGAUGAAGAACUACACGAUAUACGCCGUCUCCAUAACCAUUCGAAUCGUGCUCGGCUUCAUGCUCCUCGCGCUCAUCUGGAAAUUCGACUUCUCGCCGUUCAUGGUCCUCAUCAUCGCCAUCCUCAACGAUGGAACCAUCAUGACGAUCUCUAAGGACAAGGUGAGGCCCUCCCCCGUCCCCGACUCGUGGAAGCUGAAGGAGAUCUUCGCCACCGGAGUUGUCUUCGGCACGUACCUUGCAGUCAUGACCGUCGUGUUCUUCUGGGCAGUUCGCGAGUCGACGUUCUUCACGGACAAAUUCGGCGUUAGAUCGAUCAAGGACGACGACCGCCAGCUGAACUCCGCGAUAUAUCUUCAAGUCAGCAUUGUAAGCCAAGCCCUCAUCUUCGUUACCCGAUCGAGAAGCUGGUCGUACGUCGAACGCCCCGGGCAACUCCUCGUUGCCGCCUUCCUAAUCGCACAAUUGGUUGCGACGCUUAUAGCAGUGUAUGCGAACUGGAAGUUUGCGCACGUGGCGGGAAUAGGGUGGGGAUGGGCGGGAGUGAUCUGGCUAUACAGCAUCAUCUUCUACAUCCCGCUCGACAUAUUCAAAUUCAUCGUCCGAUUUGCUCUAAGCGGGAAGGCAUGGAAGAACAUGAUCGAGAACAGGACUGCCUUCACGUCGAAGAAGGAUUACGGGCGCGGCGAAAGGGAGGCACAGUGGGCGAUGGCGCAGCGGACGCUCCACGGCCUCCAACCGCCGGACACGUCGGAGCUCUUCCAGGACAAGAACAGCUACAGAGAAUUGACGGAGAUUGCCGAACAAGCUAAGAAGCGCGCCGAGGUUGCAAGGCUAAGGGAGCUGCACACUCUGAAGGGGCAUGUGGAGUCAGUGGUGAGGCUGAAGGGUUUGGACAUUGAGACAAUACAGCAGAAUUACACAGUGUGAAAGAGAGAAGACAGAUGGAGAG